ACCCGAGGCCUAAACAGCUACCGCCGAAGCCCGCGGAGCUACCGGUGCCGCGGCGGGAGGCCAUGCCGUGCCGGAGGGAGGAGGAAGAGGAAGCCGGCGAGGAAGCGGAGGGGGAGGAAGAGGAGGAAGAGGGCAGCUUCCUCCUGCUGGAGCAGUCGGUGACGCUGGGCGGCUCGGGCGAGGUGGACCGGCUGGUGGCCCAGAUCGGCGAGACGCUGCAGCUGGACGCGGCCCAGGACAGCCCGGCCUCCCCGUGCGCGCCCGCCGGGCCGCCGCCGCCGCCGCAGCCCCCACGGCCCCCAGCGGACAAGGCCCUGGCCCCCGGCGUUGCGCUGCCGCUACCGUUGCCGCCGGUGUCGGCGGAGACUGUGGGCCCGGCGCCCCCGGGGGCUGUGCGCUGCGCCCUCGGGGACCGCGGCCGCGUGCGUGGCCGGGCUGCGCCCUACUGCGUGGCCGAGCUCGCUGCGGGCUCCAGCGCGCUGCCGGGCCCGUGCCGGCGAGGAUGGCUUCGAAGCGCCGCCACCUCCCGCCGCCUGCAGCAGCGACGAUGGCCCCAAGCCGGGGCCCGAGCUGGCGACGACGACCCGCACCGGCUCCUUCAGCAGCUAGUGCUCUCGGGGAACCUCAUCAAGGAGGCGGUGCGGAGGCUCCAGCGUGCGGUGGCUGCAGUUGCAGCCACGGGCCCUGCAGGCGCCCCUGCUUCUGGGGGUGGCCGCAGCGGCCCAGAGCCUGUUGCGUUGCACCCCUCUCGCGCGUUUCUCUGACGGCGUCCUGGAAGAGGCGGCAGCGGAGCCCACCCGACCACGUCCUGCCCUCGGCUACCCCGA